AUGAAGCCAUCGUCGUCGAGGGAAGGAGGUCGCGGUCGAGGUCGAGGUCGAGUCGGUGCUGGAACCAGAGUGGUGUCGAGGUUUGCCGGCGAGAGAACGCAGACGGAGCCUGAGGCGGAGAAUACGGACACGGAGACGUAUACAGAGCCGGAGCCAGAAAGAACAAUGGAGGGAAAUGCUUCUCCGAAAACACAUUGGAAUUUCAAACCCGUUUCUGAGAAUGUCAUGUGUUGUGAUGUAUGUUUGAUGAAUCUCGUUGUUUUGUUGCAGAUUUGGGAUAUACCCAAAGCCGAAUUCUACUAUGAAUUUGACGACAUGAACAAGAUUUCGGUGAAGUUAUCGUCAAAGUGUUUCCACAUAGAAGCUGUGGAAUUUCUCGAGAACCACAUGACGGAGGAGGAAAAAAAGUAUUUCACCGAACAAUCGCAAUUCAGACACAUAUUUCAUAUGAAGAAGAAACAGUCACUGAAGAUGAGUUUAAUGGUUGCACUCAUCAACCGAUCAGUCAAGACCAAGAAAGAUGACGAGUUAUUGUUCGUGAUGAACGGAGUCCCAAUUAGGUAUUCGCUGUGGGAACACGCUAUUCUCUGUGGUUUAAAUUGUUCUCCGUUGCCUGAGAAUUGGGAGGAAAUUGGAGGGUUCGAAUUCUACCGUAAAUUCUUUGGUCAAGAGAGUUUUGAAAAGGUUAUGAAAGCAGAAGUAAUGAAGAAGUUUGGAGAAUUGGCUGUAGAUGACAGAGAUGACCGAUUGAAGAUGGCUUAUUUGUUGCUGCUCAGUUAUGUCAUUGGGCACCAACAUUCGGAAUACGUGAAUCCAUUUCUGUUGAAGAUUGUCAACAAUGUGGAUGCAUGCGAAAAAUUCCCUUGGGGGACGUUCACGUUCAACAAUGUUCAUGAGUUUGUGGUGAACUAUCUGAAUAAACAUCGGAAGCCGGCUAAUCAGUGGAACUUACCAGGGUUUAUAAUUCCCCUCACGAUGUUGCCGUUCGAAUGUAUUCCCAAGCUUCGUUCAGGCGGAUGGUAUAGUGAAGUCAGGGUGGAAGGAAAUGUGAAACAAUCCUGUCCAAGGAUAUGCCGACGAUGUUUCAUUCCGAAAAAGAAGUAUGGAAUCAGACAAGGUCUGACAAGGAUCGGAAGGACGCAGGAUAUUGCGAGCAUUCUAAUUCCAGAGGAGGCUGAGAGCCAUCUGAUUGUGCAUUUGGAGACAAUUGAUAAUGUUGAUGAGGUGGUUGAUAGUUGGAUGGCGCAUUUGGUUGAAGAUGUGAAAUCUGUGAAAUGGAGAGAUAUACUCGAGGCUGAUGUGAAAUCUCGCAUCGAAGUGCCAAUGAUGCAGAUGCAGAAGAAAAGGAAAGCAGCUGCUUCAACAAGAAAUGUGGAAAAAAGAAGAAGAAGUGAAAAAGGCAAAAGACAAGUGACUUAA